AUGGAGACAAAAUAUCUUGCGAACCCAGUUGUGGCAUAUAACUUGUACUCGUUCUUUGUAAAAACACAUCAGCUUGCAAGUUUGGAUGUGGGAGACCAACGCGUGGAUCUAUCCUUGAUGGAAACAAAAUAUCUAGCAAAUCCAAUUGUGGCAUGCCCUCUUGUGCAGCCAUUCGUCGAAGUGUAUUAUCUUGCACAUUUGGAAGUGGGAAACCAACUAGCGGAUUUAUCCUUAAUGGAGAUCCAUCUGAUAUUUGCCCAAAUGCUGUAA